UGGACUCCAUUAAUGCGAAGCCUGCUGCCUGGAAAAGUGUUUGGGAUACUUCACUUCUUCGGCGAGUUCUUCGGGAUUUCUUUCUCUUUUUAGCACCCAGUCAAUAAUAUAUACAUGAUUUAAAGAAGGGGGGCUUGUUCUGUGCCGUGUAGUCGACUCUUUUGGUGUGUUUUUUUCCGUCUUUUUGAAGGAUGGCACUGGAUGGGAUCCGGAUGCCCGAUGGCUGCUAUGCCGACGGGACAUGGGAGCUGAAGAUGCAUGUCACCGACCUCCACAGGGACGUGUCUCUGAGAGUCACUGGGGAAAUCCACAUUGGUGGAGUUAUGCUCAAACUUGUGGAGAAGCUAGAUGUGAAGAAGGACUGGUCAGACCAUGCCCUGUGGUGGGAAAAGAAGAAGACAUGGCUGCUGAAAACCCACUGGACUUUGGACAAGUACGGCAUCCAGGCCGACGCCAGGCUGCUCUUCACGCCGCAGCACAAACUGCUGCGCCUGCAGCUGCCCAACAUGAAGCACAUGAAAGUCAAGGUGAACUUCUCAGACCGGGUCUUCAAGGCUGUGUCGGACAUCUGCAAGACUUUCAAUAUCCGCCACCCAGAGGAGUUGUCUCUACUGCGCAAACCUCGUGACCCCAAGAAGAAAAAGAAAAAGUUGGAGGAGGCAGAAGAGGACAGUCUGGAGCUGGAGGGUCCCCUGUUGACUCCUGGAUCUGCCUCUGAGAUAAUUUACAUCGGACCAGUGAAAGGGAGUAUCUACUCUAGUCCAGGCUUGUACAGUAAGACCAUGACCCCCACCUACGAUUCCAGAGAUGGCAGCCCUCUGUCGCCCACCUCAGCCUGGUUUGGGGACAGCCCCCUGUCAGAGGGCAAUCCCGGCAUCCUUGCUGUCAGCCAGUCGAUAGCCUCACCAGACAUCCUGGUUAAACUCUACAAACCCCAGUCCCUGCUGGACAAAGCCAAGAUCAAUCAAGGGUGGCUGGACUCAUCCAGGUCUCUCAUGGAGCAGGAUGUGAAGGAAAACGAUGUGCUGCUGCUGAGGUUUAAAUAUCACAGCUUCUUCGACCUCAACCCUAAGUAUGAUGCCAUCAGAGUCAACCAGCUCUAUGAACAGGCCAAGUGGGCCAUCCUGCUGGAGGAAAUUGAGUGCACAGAGGAGGAAAUGAUGAUGUUUGCUGCCCUGCAGUACCACAUCAACAAGCUGUCAGGCAUGUCUUCAGACAACCACAUGAAUAACAGCGAGAAGGAGGUGGAUGAGGUGGAUGCAGCGUUAUCUGACCUGGAGAUUACUUUGGAGGGAGGGAAAACCUCCAGCACACUGGGUGACAUCACAUCUAUUCCAGAACUGGCAGACUACGUCAAAGUCUUCAAACCCAAGAAGCUGACGCUGAAGGGCUACAAGCAGUACUGGUGCACGUUCAAGGACAUCACGAUUUCCUGCUACAAGAGUAAAGAGGAAGCACUCGGGACACCUGCACACCAAAUGAAUCUCAGAGGUUGUGAGGUAACGCCAGAUGUGAAUAUUUCUGGUCAGAAAUUCAACAUCAAAUUGCUAAUCCCUGUGGCCGACGGGAUGAAUGAGAUCUGGCUUCGGUGUGAUACAGAGAAACAGUACGCUCACUGGAUGGCAGCAUGUCGCCUGGCCUCCAAAGGGAAGACCAUGGCUGACAGCUCAUACAACCUGGAGGUCCAGAACAUUCUCUCCUUCCUCAAGAUGCAACACAUGAACCCCGACCCUCAGUUCAUUGAACCAAUCACCACUGACAUCAACCCAGAGUGUCUGGUGUCUCCACGAUAUCUUAAAAAGUACAAGAACAAGCAGCCAGGCUAUGUCAGGGAUUUGAUUUCCGCCCGAAUUCUUGAAGCCCAUCAGAAUGUGGCCCAGAUGAGUCUCAUCGAGGCUAAGAUGCGCUUCAUUCAGGCAUGGCAGUCUUUGCCAGAGUUUGGAAUCACUCACUUCCUUGCAAAAUUCCAAGGAGGAAAAAAAGAAGAGCUGAUCGGAAUCACCUAUAAUCGCCUGAUCCGGAUGGACGCCCACACUGGAGACGCAAUCAAGACUUGGCGCUUCAGCAACAUGAAACAGUGGAAUGUCAACUGGGAGAUCAAGAUGGUGACUGUUGAGUUUGCGGACGAGCCCAGUCUGUCCUUCAUCUGCGCCGAAGUGGACUGCAAGGUGGUCCACGAGUUCAUCGGCGGCUACAUCUUCCUGUCGACACGCGCCAAGGACCAGAAUGAGUCGCUAGAUGAGGAAAUGUUCUAUAAACUGACCAGCGGCUGGGUCUGAGCAGUUCCAGGCCAGCAGGGGUCGAUGAUUUUUAGGUCAGGGGUCGGGAAGAAGAGCAGGCUUGUAUGGGUUUAUUUUAUUGUAUUCUGUUGUCUUUUCAAGUGUUUGAAACUGUGCUGAAGAAGUCAAAGUUUAGCACAGGUAUUUCCAAGACUGACACAGUUAUUGUUCUAGUUUUUUAUAUAUAUAUACCUAUAUAUAUAUAUAUUGCAUUAAUGCUCACAGUCAUUUGUUACGUCACUAAUGUUUUGGUUGGUACAAUCCAGAUGAAGCCUUUUGUUUGAGUAGGAAUCUUAGAAUAACACCUUGUACCACCUUCUUAUUCUCCUCUUUUCUUUCUUGUCUUUUCUUCUCUUAGAGUUAUGGCCACAAAUUUGAAUCCAUGAUGACCGUUUGAUCAACCUUUAGAUUUAAUCCCAAAGAAUAUAUUUCAGACUUGUCUUUUUUUCCUCUCUUAAUCAUAUUCUGUAUUUUUCCUUAGUCUGGAAAAAUAUGGAGUUGAUUUUAUCAUUUGCCAAGUCUGGAGAAAUAUAGAGGAAAUGUUCUUUUUUAAUUAUACAAAACAUUUUAAAAAUCCAAAUCUCAUAACAUGUGGAGUUAUUUCAAUAAUGAUACUUAUCUAAGAUUAGUCUUUGUAACUAAUCUUUGUGAAAUUUAAAUGAGCUUUUUUAAUUUUGCCUUAUGACGUCAUAACUAGUUUAAGUAUUAUGGAUUAAAUUAUACUUUGCCAAAUGCUCAAGAUGACUGAAGUAUCUUGAGCAUUUGGCAAGAUACCAAAUGCUUUUGUGAUCAAAAGUCAAACGUCCUUUCUAUUACUCUCCUUUACGUCUCAUGGAAACGCUUUUGAUUUAUAGAUUCCUCUCUAUUACAUUUUUCUUUUGCUUUCUUACUGCACACCUUUCGUCUUGUUUGGUUGAGCCACCCUGUUGGCCGUGUAUUAGCCUUCUGCAGACACCCUUCUAAGCCUUCAUUUGUAUUCAGCAGACUGAAUAGGAAACAUUUCUGAAAACGCUACACCUUAGUGCGCUGUAAUGAGCGUCCUGUGGGUUUUACCACCUGGGUGUACCGAACAAGGUCAAAAUGUCUCAUUCAGUUUGAGCAAGGGCACCAAUUCUUUUUUCUGACUUUCCUACAUUUUUUUCAACUGUAACAGCAAGAGAUGUGGCCGUCUGUAGCUGCUUUUAGGAGUUUUAAGCAACCGGAGACUUGAAAUUACAGCUGUGACGUUAAAGUGCAUGUACACUACACAACAGGAGGAACACUAUCACAGUCCCUCGACGCAUGUCCUACGUUAAUGAAGUCCUGUGUCUCACCGUAUAGUAUUAUAUUGUUAUCAAUACACACCAGCAAAAGGUCACCGAAUUUAAAGAAUGAAUAUGCAAUUUUUUUUUGUUCUCUUCUCAGUAUGAAGGAUUGAUAAAUGAAGUAUUGUUAUUUUUUGUAACUAAUGUAAAAACUCAAACAUUUUAUAAAAUUGUACAGUGAUUGUUUUUCUGCUUUGGGGAUUUGGAGGGUUUUUUUUUCCUUUCAGAAGCCAUCAGUCGACGUGUGUAGCUUUCAGAACUGUGUCUGUACAUUGUGGUCUUACUGAGGUCCCACAUGACGAUGCAUAUGAAUUUAAAUGAAGAUAACACUAGUCUCAAACUCCUGACUUGGUUGAGAUGUUUUUCCUAGUUUAUUUUGUUCAUUUAUUUUUGUGUCUUCUCUUGUCCCAUUUGCAAAAAAGAGAAAAAAAAGUUAAUUAAUGGCCAAGAGAACCAUAUUUAUUAUUUGUUUGAACUGACAACAAUUAUUUACAAACAUUUCUGCCUUAUAUUCAGCUUGUUCACAUUUUUUAUAACUUUUUUUUUGUCACAACUGAAGAGUACCAUAUAAUGUGGUGAAGAAGAUGACCCUGGAGUUUGAGACAGUUCAACAAAAAUUAAUAUUAAUAAGAAAUAAGAGAGAAGAAAAAACCAAGCAUAUAUAAAUUUUUUUUUUUUUUUCUUGUUGAUGUUUUGUUUGCCUCCAGUGUCCAGAGCAGCUGUGCAUGUCCUGCUGUUCUGUUUUCUGACUGUAAAAAAAUGCAUUUAUUUUAAAAAAAAAUAAAGUAAUUUUUAUUUAAA